CCAGACCCGGCCAUGGAUCCCCCAGACCUGGCCAUGGACACCCAGACCUGGCCAUGGAUCCCCAAACCUGGCCAUGGAUCUCAGACCUGGCCAUGGAUCCCCAAACCUGGCCAUGGAUCCCCAAACCUGUCCCUGGAGCCCUGGGCAGUGCUGGACCCGCUCUCUCCCCACAGAUAAUGCCAUGGAGGGGGGGGCUCAGCAGAGCAGCCUCCGGGAGCCCCCCGGGCCGGGCGGGGCGGAGCAGGAGGCGCUCCCCAGCGAGUGGGACGGGGGUGAGGGGCCGCCUGAGGUCAAGCGCUCCCAGCCCCUCUUCAUCCACGGCAACAGCCGGACCCCGCCCCAGCAGGAGCCGCGCGCGUCGUCGCUGCCCAGCAUUCCCAACCCCUUCCCGGAGCUCUGCAGCCCCUCCAACUCGCCCAUCCUCAGCAGCCCCGCCCUGGGGCAGGGACCCCCCCGCGAGGGCACCUCCCACGUUGUGAAGGUGUUCGGCGAGGACGGCGCCUGCCGGUCCCUGGAGGCCUCGGCGGGCACCACGGCCCGGCAGCUCUGCGAGACCCUGGUGCGCAGGACGCGGGCGAUCCACGACCACAGCUGGGCCCUGGUGGAGCUGCACCCUCACCUGGCCCUGGAGCGGUGCCUGGAGGACCACGAGGCCGUGGUGGAGGUGCAGAGCUCCUGGGCCGCCGGCGCCGAGAGCCGCUUCGUGUUCCGCAAGAACUUCGCCAAGUACGAGCUCUUCAAGAGCAACGUGUCGCUGUUCCCCGAGGUGAUGGUGUCCAGCUGCCUGGAGGCCAACAAGAGCAUGGCACACUCCGAGCUCAUCCAGAACUUCCUCAACUCCGGGAGCUGCCCAGAGGUCCAGGGGUUCCUGCAGCUGCGGGAGCCCGGGCGCAAGGUCUGGAAGCGCUUCCACUUCUCCCUGCGCCGCUCGGGGCUCUACUACUCCACCAAGGGCACCUCCAAGGACCCCCGGCACCUCCAGUACUUCGCUGACCUCACCGAGUCCAACAUCUACUACGUGACCCAGGGCAAGAAGCUCUACGGGACCCCCACCGAGUUCGGCUUCUGCAUCAAGCCCCACAAGGUGCGGGGCGGCGUGAAGGGCCUGAAGCUGCUCUGCAGUGAGGACGAGCAGAGCCGGAGCUGCUGGAUGGCGGCGUUUCGGCUCUUCAAGUACGGGAUGCAGCUCUACCGCAACUACCAGCAAGCGCAGGCGCGGCUGAGCCAACCCCCCUGGAUCGGCCCCACGCCCCUGAGAAGCGUCUCUGACAACGCCCUGGUGGCCAUGGACUUCUCGGGGUGCACGGGCCGGGUGAUCGAGAACCCCAGCGAGGUGCUGACGGCGGCCCUGGAGGAGGCACAGGCCUGGAGGAAGAAGACGACGCACCGGUACAGCCUGCCCGCCGCCUGCCACAGCUCCCCGCUCAGCGCCGCCAUCCACCGCACCCAGCCCUGGUUCCACGGGCGCAUCUCCCGCGAGGACACCCAGCAGCUCAUCGGCCGCCAGGGCCUGGUGGAUGGCGUCUUCCUGGUGCGGGAGAGCCAACGGAACCCCAAGGGCUUCGUGCUGUCCCUGUGCCACCUGCAGCGCAUCAAACACUACCUCAUCCUGCCCAGCGAGGAGGAGGGUCGGCUCUACUUCACCAUGGACGACGGGCAGACGCGCUUCGCCGACCUCAUCCAGCUCGUGGAGUUCCACCAGAUCAACCGGGGCAUCCUGCCCUGCAAACUGCGCCACUACUGCACCUGCGUGGCCCUCUGAGCCCCGGGGCACCGCAUGCCCUGGCACAGCCUGGCACUGCUGGCACGGCUUGGCACAGCCUCGCUGCCGAUAUGGCACGGCUUGGCACAGCCCAGCACCGCCGGCAUGGAAUGGAUCGGCACAGCCUGGCACCACUGGGAUGGUUUGGCACAGCCUGGCACUGCCGGUAUGGCACGGCUUGGCACAGAGCAGCACCACCAGCAUUGUUUGGCACAGCUGGGCACCACUGACACGGCACGGCUCGGCACAGCCCAGCACUGCUGGUAUGGCAGAGCUCAGCACAGCCCAGCACAGCCCAGCACCACCAGGAUGGUUUGGCACAGCCUGGCACCACUGACAUGGCACAGCUCGGCUCGCCAGGACCCCUCACACUCAAGCACUUUGUCCUCCCCCCUCCGCAGCAGCAGCAGCCCCGAGUGUCCCCGUGGGGGCCUGGCACUCCUCGCCUCCACACCAGGGGCGUUUUGGGGUCCCCAGGAAUGGGGUCCUGGGGUGGGGGGGCAAGGGGGGCACCCACCACCGCGUCCCCCACGUCCCCACAAGGCCAGUUGAAAACUGGGACGUGUUUUAUACCAGUGACAAUAAAGGUUAUUUUUGCAGA